AUGAUUCAUUCCACGGAUAAGCAACAGCUGGAGCAACUAGAGGACAUGUUAAAAGAGUUUAAGGCAAGAAGCAAAACAACAGUCAUGCUGGAAACUGGUUUUUACACGCUUGUUUUGCUGCUUUUGUUUGCUGGAAACUUUAUGACCCUCCUGGUAAUGUUUCUGUAUCGUCGGAUGCGGACAAUUCCAAAUAUGUUUGUAGCAUCACUCGCUGUUUCGGACUUGUUGUUUGGAGUGUUACUUGCAUUGCCUUUAGAUAUUCCUACACUGGUGACAUCUCAGUGGCCCUUUAACGAUUUGACUUGCCAAUUUCAAGGCUACACAACUACAAUCUUGACUGUUGCUUCGAUUCACACGUUGGUCUUGAUGGCAGUGAACAGAUAUUUUAGAAUCGUCAAGCCUGACAAGUAUCACCGCUACUUCACCAAAAAGAAAACCAUGAUGAUGAUACUUGUAUCUUGGGCGUCCUCCAUGAUUGCGCCUUUUCCUUAUUUCCUGAGCGGUGGCAAAAUGGUUUUUCGUCCUUACAGCUUCGUCUGCUCUCCUCCAGUCAAUAAUAGUGCAUUCCUGGGAUAUGGUCUGUUACUUUACAUAGGAUUUCCAAGCUGCAUAAUGUUUUACUGCUACACCAUGAUUUUCAAAACAGUUCGCAGGCAUAAUUACAAAUUUCAACUUCCUGGAAUGCGAUUCCGCUCGGUAAGCGUGCAAGAAAUUAAAAUCGCGCGGGCUCUGUUUGUGGUAGUCGUGAGUUUUAAUCUCUGUUGGAUUCCAGUUUUGUUGAUUAACCUCGUGGAUACGAUUCGCAGAAGCUGGGUCUUUUCUCGAGAGGUUUACGUAACACUUCAUUUUUUAAUCGCUUUGAGCAGUGCUUUAAAUCCUCUAACAUACAGUGUGCUUAAUAGGAAUUUUCGAGAAUGUUACAUGAAAGUUCUCUCCUGUAGAUAUUGCUGUUGUUCCCAGCGUACUGUUGUGAAACCGAAAGGAAACGCCAGUGUUGUGCAUACAAGACGUGAAGCCUUCGCUCUAGGUCUUCGUGGCACACGUCCCUGA